UUCUCAAAUGAUUGCGAAUCAGUGAUUGGCAUUAUGCUAUUAAAUACUUUAUCAAGGAAUUGGAAUAAAAUAUAAAGUCAUUUCUGGACAAGUUUCUUUGAGUUCAAAGUGAGAAAUGAUGAGGAGGGAUAGGACAGUCACAAAGAGCAAUCUGGCUUGCUUAACAAACUGUGUCCACUCAAGAAAAACACUUUUUAUUCCAAAUGAAUUGGUUAUUCAUCUAAAGGCAAACAAUGCCAUUUGAAAGGGGAGAUUUUACGUACCAAAUAUUGUAUAUACAACUUAUCAGCAUUUUACUGUCUCACUGAUCUAAUCUUGCUUUUUCUAUUGUUUCAAUUCCAUCUUACAUAAUUACUGCAUUGUUCACGAUUUUUUUUUCAGGAAAUUCCAAUUGUGGUUUUGCAAUUAUUUCUCUCCUCUAAAAUGAAUAACAGAGCAUAGAUGACCUGAAGAGGCAUAAGGAAAUUAAAUGGGGUUUUUUUAGUGCACAAUAAAGUAUCAAGUAUUUCCUCCUAAAAUUAACAUAACUAAAUGCAGCCAACAUAUCCGAUAUAACUGUACUUGCAUAGAACAUCAGUGUCUUGUUGCAAACUGUUACACCUCUUUUCAACACAAAGGUGGUAGAAGCGAAGAGCAGGUGUGAAUCCCUCAGGGACGAGGCACAACACUCAGCAAGUGAAAGCUUUGGCUUUAUGGAUAGCGUACUGUUACCACGGUGGGAGCCCCAGGACACUGACACUAAUCAAAACGGGGACCCGAUGCAGCACAGCCCUGCUCAGGAGUGAAGCUCAAGGGAAAGCACCACAGGGCUGGAUAACAAAACUUGCACUGAUUAACAUAUCAUACAUAAGCAGGUCCUGUUGUCCAAAUGCCAAGACCUGCAGCUGGCUGCCACGUUGGCAGCCAUGCAAUGUGGGGGAAGUGAACAACCUCAGGUUACUAUGACAACAAGAUAAGACACAUACUUGGAUGGAAAGGAGCAAACUAUCCCAGGUUGCUGUAACAAGAAGAUAAGAUGUGCUUGGCGCUUUACAUACUGGGGGAAGUGAACCAUCCUAGGUUACCACAACAAAGUCCUCUCACGCCCUACAAUGGUCAUAUAAAUAAGACUGAUAAGCCAUCGCUCUUCUAACCAAGAACCUCACAGACAGGGACAAGUAAUGAGGGUGACUGGGAGCCUGAUAUUUUUGCUGUCUUUUCAGCUCCUGCAUUUGGCAAAAAGUUCUAUGGUAUGGCUAAAUAAGAAUGGCUAUGAGGAUCUGGUUGUUGCAAUUAAUCCCCAGGUGCCAGAAGAUACCAACAUCAUCCUGAACACGAUGAACAUGAUUAAAAAUGCUUCUCAUUACUUGUUUGAAACGACAAAACAUCGUUUUUUCUUCAAGUCUGUAAAAAUUAUAAUUCCUAAAACAUGGAAGAAAACCCCCAACUAUUCAAGAUUAAAAACAGAAUCCUAUGACAAGGCAGAUGUCAUCAUAGCAGACCCUUAUAUAAAACAUGCAGAUGAUCCUUAUACCUUACAGUAUGGAGGAUGUAGGGAGAAAGGACGUUACAUCCGUUUCACGCCUAACUUCCUGUUAAAUGACAAUUUGACUAAUGUUUAUGGAGAAAAAGGUCGAGUUUUUGUCCACGAAUGGGCUCACUUUCGGUGGGGAGUGUUCAAUGAAUAUAAUGACGACGUACCUUUUUACGUGUCUAGAAAUUCUGCAAGUGUUGAAGCAGUAAGCUGUCCAGCUGGUUUGGCUGGUAUACCUGUUUUCCAAGACUGCAGAGGAGAUAAAUGUGAGUCAAGAAGCUGUAGAUAUGAUGGUCAGCUGUAUGAAAAAGGAUGUAUAUUUAUUCCAGAUAUACAACAAAAUAUCUCAUGUUGUGUUAUGCAUUCACAAUACAUACCAUCUGUGGUUGAAUUUUGUGAUAAAAACACUCACAAUAGUGAGGCUCCAAAUAUGCAGAAUAAGAUAUGCAACCACAAAAGCACCUGGGAAGUAAUUAUGGAAUCUGAUGACUUUCACAAUUCGGCUGUUGUAAAUGCUUCUGCGCCCCCCUCUGAGACUAAUUUCAGGCUGCUGCAGACCCAAGACAGAGCAGUCGCUUUAGUACUGGAUGUUUCUGGGAGCAUGUCAAUGCACAACCGCAUUGGACAUCUCCAUAGUGCUGCAGAGGAAUUUCUGCUCUGUAUUAUUGAAACCGGUUCCUGGGUUGCAAUUGUCACAUUUGACUCUAGCGCAUCAGAAAAAGCUCCUUUGCAACAAAUAACCAAUGACGCGGCACGCCAAAAACUUCUUCAAUAUUUGCCUACAUUUGCUAGUGGAAAAACCAAUAUCUGUGCAGGCAUACAUAAAGGACUUAAGUUAAUUGCAGAUAAAAUGAAUACUACAUAUGGUUCAGAAAUUGUGUUACUGACAGAUGGAGAGGACUCACAUAUAUCAGCUUGCUUUGAUGUGGUGAAAGAAAGUGGGGCAAAAAUUCACACCAUUGCACUGGGGCCAGAGGCAGACAAAGACUUAGAAGAACUUUCAGAACUAACAGGAGGUUUGAAGCUUUAUGCUGUAGAUGCAUUCGUCCCCACAAAAUUAAUUGAGACAUUCAGUGCAAUUAUAUCGGGAAGCGGAGAUAUUUCUAAACAAUCUAUUCAGCUUGAAAGCAAAGAGCUAGCUGUUCAGCCUUCUGAAUGGAUGAAUACUACUGUGCCUGUUGACAAAACCGUGGGAAAUGACACCUUCUUCAGCAUUGCAUGGAAUCGAUCUCAGCCAUUUUUUUUCCUGAAGGACUCCAAAGGAAAAGUAUAUGGAAGCUCAGACUUUACAAUCCGUAAUUCAAACACAGCUAGACUCAGUAUAAGUGGCACUGCAGAGGUGGGCAAUUGGGAGUUUUGUAUUAAAAAUGUUCAUAGAGCAACUCAAACUCUAUCAGUAACAGUAACCUCUCGACCAUCAUGUUCUAAUGUUCCUCCUGUGAGCACUGCAGCUCACACAAGCAGGGCAAAAAGAGCAUUUAAUCCAGUUGUUGUUUAUGCAGAGGUUAGCCAAGGGUUUUUGCCUGUUCUUGGUGCAACUGUGAUAGCCACCAUAGAGAAGGAUGGUGCUGCAGCAGUAACCCUUGAACUUCUUGAUAAUGGCGCAGGUGCUGACAUGACGAAGAAUGAUGGAAUCUACUCAAGGUACUUUACUUCUUUACAAGGCACUGGAAGAUACAGUCUAAAAGUGAAUGCCCGUGGGACAAAUACAACCACCAGACUUAGCCUCCAGCAAAAUCGAGCCUCAUAUAUACCAGGCUACAGAAAAAAUGGUAAAAUUUAUCUGAAUGCACCGAGACCUAAAUUUGCUGAUAAAGAAAUCCAAGUCAAGCUGGGAAGUUUCAGCAGAAUUUCAACAAGUUCCUUUCUAGUGAAUACAGAAGGAGAUUCUGCUCCUAUUUAUCCACCCUGUAAAGUUACAGACCUUCGUGCUCGUACAGAAAACAAAACAAUAGUCUUGUCUUGGACAGCUCCAGGAGGUGACUUUGACAAUGGAAAAGCUGAUCACUACAUAAUAAAAAGCAGUGAAAAUCUUCUGGACCUAAGAAAUCACUUUGAUCGUGCUACUUCUGUGAAUUCCUCUAAUCUCAUACCUCAGGAGGCGGGUAGAGAAGAAACAUUUGAAAUUAAACCAGAAAAUUUCACAACAGAAAAAGACACCAUAAUCUACUUUGCUCUGCGUGCUGUUGAUGAUACCAACUUGACUUCAGAGGUGUCUAAUAUAGCGCAAGCCACAUGGUUCAUCCCUUCAAAAGCAUCUGUGCCUUUAGAUUAUGACAGCAACGAUGGUGCUAACAGUACAGUAAUAGCGGCAAUAGUAGCUCUGUGUGUAGUAGUUGUUUGUACUGUUGUAACUUCAACUCUGUGUGUUUUACAAAAACAAAAGGGAAGAGUGGAUAUUGAAACAAUGCAAAAGCAUGUGUAAAAUAAAAUACAAGGAAUUUACUGCAAUUUUUGCUACACAAAGUAGGGAAGGAGGGUUUUAUACAUUCAAAAAAUCUGCACUUAUUUUAAAUGGACGUAUUUGUCUUUUUUGAUAGGCUUAUAGGAGUAGAUUUUCAAAAGUGUGUCUUAUAUUCAAGUACAUGUACACUACUUAAAUGUUAAACAUGAAAGCAUGUACUCAGAUAUAAAGUAUGAUAUUUGUACCAUCAUUUGUUUCUAUGUGAUAAAAAUACUUAACUCUUCUGUUGCAAGAUUUUACCAAUGAAGUGUGCAGUUUUUUCUUAAGCAAAGAAGGCAAAGGAAUAUGAUACAUUCCUUAUUUUUAUGCUCCACAUAACAAUCACGUAAGGCAAGGUGGGAAAGAGAUCAGAAAAAUCUUCAAGUGGUUCAAUGAUUUCCUAGUAUCUUUCACAUGUUGUCAGUUAGGCUUAGUGAGCUAAGAACAAAAUAUGUACCUCCAGGCUGUUUAUCAAAAAAUAUUUUAAAAUAUGUACCUCCAAGCUGGCUAUUUUUCAAUAAAUAUUUAAGUAUGUAUAUC